AUGGCAUCUCGGAUCACCACGUCUCUUGUUGGAUCCGCUGCGGUGUGCGGCAUCAGCAGUAGCUUCAGCAGCACGCGCCGCGGCGCUAACGUCUUGAAGAUGUGGCGGCGCGCGAUUGCAUGGCGCGUGGGGCGCUUCAGCGAGAAAGAGCAGUGCGCUACGCACCCCCCCCGUGCGUCGCUCGGCUUCUCCCCUCUGCGACCCAAGCCCGUGGCUAAGCCGCCCAGCAAGAAGCCCAGGCCCAGGGAUGUGAUGGGUACCGCUGCUGCUGUGAAGCCCAGAGCGGUGCACAGCGGUCAAGCGACCGUCGCAGCUGCAGCAGCCAAAGCCACGGCAGCUAAGGCGACACCAGCAAAGACGACGGAAGCUAAGCCGACGUCAGUUAAGGCAACGCCAGCUAAGGCGAAGCCAGUUAACGCGACGCUAGCUAAGGUGACCCCAGCCAAAGCGACGUCAACUAAGGCGACGCCAGCUAAGGCGACGCCAGCUAAGGCGACGCCAAUUAAGGCGGCGCCAUCUAAGGUGACCCAAGCCAAGGCAACGCCAACUAAGGUGGCGCCACCAACCAAGGCCGUGCCAGCUAAGGCGACAGCAGCUAAGGUGACACCUGCAGGCCCUACUGCGACGGUAGAUGUGAAGGCUGCAAGUGCAAAGGGUGUUGUGGGAGAGAUGGGAGGAGAGGUGGAGGAAUGUGGUGAGCUGGAAUGGGGAGGCAUGGCAUGA